AUGAAGGCGAAGCGAAAACUACUGGCUGUGGCUAACAAUGAAACUGCAACACAUGAGGGGAUCAAGACUGUUGGAGUUGAUAAUCGUUGCGAUUUCUCCAGCAGUUCAGAUGUUUGCAUUUGCAUAGUGACUUGGAACAUGAAUGGACAGGUCUGUUAUGAAGAUAUAGAGAAGCUGGUUGGCAGAGAAGGGAAGAUUGAUCUGCUGGUGAUUGGUCUGCAAGAGGUGCCAAGGGACAACAUUUCUCAAUUAUUGCAGAAGGCUCUGGUUGAUACCCACAUUCUGCUAGGAAAAGCUGUCAUGCAAUCACUGCAGUUGUAUGUGUAUGGACCAAAGAACUCAGACUUGUUCAUCACAGAGCUAAAGGUGGACAGGCAUGCUGUUGGGGGCUUUGGAGGAUUAAUUAGGAGAAAGAAAGGGGCUGUGGCUGUGAGAAUUAAUUACAAAGGAAUCCACAUGGUGUUCAUCUCUUGCCAUCUCUCUGCUCAUGCUCACAAUGUAGAAGAGAGGAAUGCUCAAAGCAGACACAUAUCACACUCACUCUUCUCCAAGAACAGGAACCCCUAUGCCAGGUCUGCCCAAAUUACUGUAUGGUUAGGAGAUCUUAACUACAGAUUACAAGGGAUCAAUACAUUCCCAGCCCGAAAUCUAAUAAAGAAUAACCUUCACCAAUUACUCACCGGCAAAGAUCAGCUUUUACAAGAGGCUGAAAGAGGGCAAAUUUUCAAUGGAUACUGUGAGGGAACUUUGGCAUUCAAACCAACAUACAAAUAUGAUGUAGGAAGCAGUGACUAUGAUACAAGUUACAAGGUUCGGGUACCAUCAUGGACAGACAGAAUUUUGUUCAAGAUAGAUGAUCUGGAUGAGAUCGAUGCAACGUUGCACUCUUAUGAAUCUAUGGACCUAAUCGACAGUUCCGACCAUAAACCAGUGAAAGCACACCUCUGCUUAAAAGUUAAUAAAACAGUCGAGCAAUGAAGCAGAUAAAUACAAGAACAAAUUAGCAUUAAUCUCAGUUUUUCAGGUUCUUUCAAGCCAUUAUUCACCAGUGCCCGAGGUAACACUGAAUGAGACUUGCUACUGAUUAACAAUGUUGAAUCCUUAGUCACCCCCACCCCACCCCAACCCAAUAUAGCAAUCUGUUUUUCGAUGUACAUACAGUCAAGCCCAAAAUGCAAUUUUUCAUUGGUUCGUUUUUUUUCCUCCAUGUGUAUUAUCCUAUGUGAUUAGCG